AUGAAGCUGGAGGAGCUCAAGGUGAGCGACCAAAAGAUCACACGUUAUGUGACAAAGGUUCUCGUUGCCAAGCGUGAAGCCGAGUUGAGGCUAGAACAAAAUAGUUUUGGUGAAAGAAAGGAAGCCAAUCUACGCAAAGAUCUAUUAAUGAGUGGAGUACCCGAGGAAGAGGUUGACAAACGAAUCGAAGAGAUUAAGCGGCCUCGAAAUAAUCGAAAGAAGACGCAUUCCAAAACAGCUGUAGGAGAAAAGAGGCCCAAGUUCGCUGCUACGGAAGAACUUGAUACGGCAAAACGAAAACGAGUAAAAGUGACAUAA